CUAUCUAAGUGGUUCCCUGAAAAGAGGGAUGUAAGGAUGGAGGAGAGGGAGAGGGGGAUAUUGAGGAAGAGCAGGAGCAUAUUUACACGUGACCUUGUGGAUCUGGACACAGUAUGUGACCGACUUUAUCAGAGGGAGGUCCUGAGUGAAGGAAUGAAGAAUGAAGUUUUGUCUGAGAAGACCAGGGAAAAUCAAGUAAGAAAACUUCUGGACAUAAUUCCAAAGCGAGGCAAAAGAGCAUACGGGGCUUUCUUUGACGCUUUGGAAGAGACUUUUCAGCAUAACCUCUCUGGCAUUCUCUAUCCAGGGGGCAAGAAAGAUUUAUUUGAAAACCGGAAGUCCGAAAGGUUUCCUUUAAUAAAGAGUGCGUCGGCGACAGUGGAAUCAAACAGAGAAAUUCAGAAGCCCCCGCUCAUGAGAAGUAUGUCAGCAGAGGUUAGACGGGAACCCGUGGAAUCGAUCAGCGAGAUCCAGGACCAGUCCUUCACGUGUGAGCUACCUCUAGAGGAAAAAGAUUUCCAAAAGUUAUCCAUUGUAGACGAAGAGUUUACCUUACCUGAGAAAUGGCCUUCAGAACCGGAACAUGCGCAGUCAUUGAAUUUCAAAGUCCACAGGUCUCUAAGCUCAUCAGCUCUUUCUAGCCUUAAUGUGAAAUCCGACGUCUAUUCUAUGGUGAAGAAACCUCGGGGAAGAUUAGUCAUCAUCAACAACUUCAAAUUUGGCAGUGAUGAAGUGGACCUGGAGAGGAUGGAGAGAUCCCAACAAGAUGCCACCAGUUUGGAUUUGUUGUUCAAACAACUUUAUUUCAAGACUAAACAACACAGCAACCUAACAUUAAAGGAACUUUCUGCCGUAUUGGAGAAGGAGCGAACAUGUGACCACGCCUCACUGGAGUGUUACGUAAUGGUCGUUAUGUCACGUGGUGACGGAGACCACAUCUACGGUGUGAACGGUUACAAGAUAAAUAUAGACACCAUCAUUUCAAUGUACGAUGAUGAACACUGCAGCAGUCUAAGAGGAAUCCCAAAGAUAUUUAUUUUCCAAGCAUGUGAUGAUGCAAAAUCUAAAUCGGUGCACGAAAUGAAAAAGAAUACUGAGAACCUUACAUCUAUGGUGUCAUCUUCAACAACGUCAGGACACACUGUGAACAUGAGGGCCGACAUGUUUGUUGUAAGGGCAACGCAAGAUGUGGCAGUAAGUUAUCACGGUGUGUUUGGCUCAAGAUUUAUACAAUCCUUUGUAUAUCUUAUGCGCAACUUAGCAUUCAAAGAAGACCUUGAAGAAAUUGUUAAAAAGAUAAAUCACCUGAACUCGGUCAGUGAGCCAGAGAUAGUGGAAUAUGCCAGCUCAUUUACAAGAAAACUAUUUUUUAAUCCUUGACCUUUUUUAAGACCCAAGGCAGAGGAUAUUCUUUGUGAAUUUUGUUGGUGUGAAUGACUUAGUUUGAUGUGACUUCAAUGUAUUGUACAAGUCCAUAGAGACUACGCACAUCACAGUUUUAUACAAAGUGCAAUAUCAUUAUGCUUUUAUUUAUAAGUAUCUUUCAAACAGUAUUUUCACAAUAAAAUGAAACUGUAUUAAAACAUAUUCAGAAA